UGCUAUACAACCAGGCUUUCAUAUGUAAUGUCUGUUUAUUGAGCUAACUAGUUGCGUUUCAGGGUCGCUAAUGAGCUAGCUGGUUAGCAUAGCCCUAAAAGUACUGCUUGUCGUUGCUUAGCGACCAGUUCGACCUGCCUCAGGAGUACAGUUUGUUUAUACUUUAGCUUAGCCACUCGUUAGCAAGAAAGACCAACAUGGGGACCGAAAAGAGGCAUUAACACAAGUUAUCGAUAUGAAACGUAACAAUAACUGGUUGACGUCUCAGUGAAUAGCAGGUUAAGUUUGGAUAAUGCUAGCGUACUAGAGCAAACAGCUACUUCACGUGUUGUCUUUAUCAACCAAACAUGGCUAACUAUUUAUGUUUGCUGUGAAAGGCAUGAUUUAGGUGUUAUUAGUUUAAUAUCUACUGAAGCUGAGCAGCCAAGGGGAGAGCACACACUCUUUUACUUUGUUGUCUUCGUCACUGCAGUAUUUGAGACUCGGGUUACACUCCUCCAUCAGAUGGCGUUUUGCCUGGCUGAGCUGCACUUGUGGUCCACCAAGAGCUCACUCCAAGUCAAAGAUACAGAUAUUGGCACCUAUCAGUACUACGAUAAAGGAGAGCCAGCUAAUCCCCUGGAGCAUCACUACUACAAUGAGAAACUCCAUUUCUGUGAAGCUCGAGGCUAUUCGUGGACCCCCAGUAACCGCCGACCGGAGAAGCUACGCGAUUCGCUGAAGGAGUUCGAGGAACUGUUGCAGACCAACACCUGCGUUCACACCAGAUGGAGGAACAAGCACUGCUGCCAGGUGUUGCUGAGCAGUGGAGUUCUGGUGACCCUGACCCUGAAUGGACCUCAGCUAGAACAAGUGUUUAUAGACCGCACAUUAGUGGGCCGACUACCAGCUAACACUGUUGCUGAUGCGGUGCUGAGCGAUCGGCUGAUCCUGCUGUCCUUCCUGGAGCAGAGCCAGGUGGCUGCCGUCUACCUCAACCCAAAGAACCAGGAGACCCCGGAGACUGGCCGGCGAACAGACAAACUCUCACCCUCUGAAAUCAAGGUGGUGUCUGUGGAGCUGAGCGGUCGGGGGGGUCGCAGGCUCAGCAGACGGUUGGCUCUGAACCGUCUGCAGGACGUGGCGCUCUGCUGGUGGGACUCGGUCGAGCCCAAUGAGGAGCUGUGGCCCUGGACCCCGACAAACACACACAGGAACAACCUGGUCCUGCUCAGCUGCUCGCCUGCUGAAGGCCUCAAGGUGCUCGGCUCUCUCCAGUCUGAAGGAAACCCUCUGGAUUGCUGCUUCAGCCUCCUCCAGCCCUACCAGCUGCUCACAGUGGAGCUUCCAGGAUCCAGAGAGGGUUUCUGGGCCGACAGCUGUGUGUACGAGUGCUCUCGAGGCCGCCUGCACCGCCUCUCUUCCACCCACAUCCCUCUAACAUCGCGCCCUGUCUCCUGCUCACGACACCCCUCUGAGAGCUCUCUUCUCCUGGGUCUCAGUGACUCCUCCUUGGUGCUGUUUGACCAGCGACGGGGGGUCUCUCUCCUGGCCUCCUGCCCCGUACCCCCCACCCUCCUCGCCUGGCACCCUGCUGGGGCCGUGGUGGUGGUGGGGGGAGAGCAGGGAGAGCUGAUGUGCUUUGAUGUGGGCUUGGCACCUGUAAGGAUGGCGCUGGUAGCGGAGGAUGAGGCUCCAGCGGAAACGCUAAGACUCGCCGACCACCUGCGGAGUUGCGGAGGACUGGAGGGGCUGCGGUGGGCUGCGGGCCUGGAGGCAGAUGUGCUGAUGUUGGCCUUUCAUGGGGGACCAUUGGCUGCCCUGAGAUUCAGACUCGGAGCCCUGACUGGAGGCCUGGUGGGCCUCGGGGAGAUGCUGCAGCAGCGGCUGCGCUGUGGGCAAGUCAGAGAGGCGCUGGGCGUCCUGGAGGCCAUGGACUGGAGCAUCAUGGGAGACGAGUGCCAUCGAGGGCUGAGCUCCAUCACCAACCACCUGCUGAGGCUGGAGCUGAACGCAGAGAGAGAGGCCCUGCUAGAGGCCACUCUCGGGGUGUUUUACGCCCCCCCCGCCCCUCUCUCAGACGUGGUGAUACUGGAGUUCAGGGAGCCCAUCAGCAAGUGUGCCCGCCGCUUUUUUCACCACCUUCUCAGACACCAGCGCUUUGAGAAGGCCUUCCUCCUCGCUGUAGAUUUAGAAGACAGAGAUCUAUUUAUGGACCUCCAUUAUGUUGCCAGCGAUAAAGGCGAGGUGGUGCUCGCGGAUGUGGCCAAGAGGAAGGCUAAUGAAAUCGACAGCGCAGCAGGCAACGAAGACCCUCAGAGAGUUGGAGAUGAUGUGAUGCGUGUCUCCAGACAGACGGAGAGAAACCAGACAGCAACAGGACCUUCGUACCCGAAUACUCCGACAACACAGGUUGAUGGAAGAGCCAAUCAGAGGCGACUUCAGGCCGAGAGCAUACGUGUGACCGUCAGCCCAGAAGUGUUCAGGACUCUGAGACAAACAGGAAGCAGUCAAGGCGACAGCCGGAAUGACGAUGAAGACCUCGGGAUGCUUCAUGUGGUCCAUUUAGGAAUGGUUUGA